AUGUCGCUCCUAGAGACCCACCUGGAGCAGAUUAUGCUCUCGUCGAAUGCGAUCGCAGAACUACCCUUCCCCCCACCACGGAUGUUUACAAAUGCCCUCCUCGGUUCCCACGAUAUUACCGCUCUGAUUCGAGACACGGAAUCCCAUGAACGGGCUCUUUUUCAAAGCGACCCAAUGGUGAAAUCGAGCAACUCUCAGCGACGAGCGACAAGGCGAGCCACGCAGUUUCAAACCGAGGUAGAAGCAGAGUCUAUGGCGAGUCGCAUUUAUUCAGCGCGAAAUAACAGAAAUCAAUCGGCAGUCGCUCGGGUCUUGGGGUCUGAUAUGAUGGAGGAGAUCAAGCGUUCCGCUAGGAGUUCUGGCAAUGGUCCCCGCGGCGAAGUCAAUAUCGAUGUUUUGCUCAAAGGCGCCGAAAUCCUUUGUAACGUCUACCCUGUUGCGGGUGCCCAGGAUGAGAUUGCGAGUCUUCGUUACCGCCAUCAACUGGUCUCUCAGUCAAUCGCCGAGUUAGAGGAGCGGGUAGCCAGGAACACCGAAGAACUGGAAAGCAUGAGCCGCUCAUAUGAUGACGACUACGACGAUUACGAGAAUACGGGAGCAGUCAAAUCAGAAAUAUCUGAUGUUACGGACGCCGAUCUUGAGCGAGAACUGGAAGAGAUAAAGGACCUAGAAAGGAGGAAGCGUACUCUAGAGGCUCGCGUCACUGGCAUGGAGCGUGAUUUGGGCGGCCUACUGGGAUGA